UCAUUCCUGCCUCCUCUUGCAAGGAACUGUAUGAUAAUCAAGGGUAAGUUUACUGGUCGGCUAUAUGAUGCAUGACAUGCAUGUUACAAGUACUUAUCUUUUGCCAGUUCACCCGAAGUGUCUAUUUAAAAAACCUCCGAGAGAGGAGAUAAACUGAAAAGCGCAAUCAUGGCUGCUGGGCUAAAAGAGAGGGAAAUAGAAAGAUAGCAAAAUAUUUUAAAACAAAUGUAAUUUGCACGCAGCAAAAGUUUCGAUAACGCGCACCUCAGCGAAGACAGAUUGGAAGACGCUUCAUCCUCCUAAAAUUUUAAUCAGAUGGUUUAAACCAAAAACAACAAAAAAUAGUCAGAAAUUGGUCAAAAAUGGAUGAUUAGGCUCGAAGCCUCUUAUCUUGCCGGGUUCAACGAUAAAUGGAAGAAAAGAAACUUUGCACUAAUUCUUGUACUUUUCAUAUAGGACAAAACCUCUAGUUUUUUUAGUCAGCACCUUGAAUUGGUACGAGACCAUUUUUCUCGCUUGACAUUGAUUGACAAAGAUCAAGAGGAUUGUUCAUUUUUGUCCCUUAAAUUUUUCUCCAUCAGGUUAACUACCAGCCGAGUGUAUACGCUGAAGUUUGAUUCACACGAAUUUUCUGUUUACUGUCACAUGGGAGUCUUUGGAUGCGGAGAUGGAGGAUGGACGCCGGUCAUGAAGAUUGACGGCACUAAGGUACAAGGCUUUCAGCUUAUCACCUAACUGUGUUAUGAAUAUUUAUUCUACGAUUCUCGUUUGCAGAAAACUUUCCACUACGAUUCUCAUCUCUGGAGCGACAAAAAUCCAUACAACAUUUCAGGAGGGAGAACUGGGUUUGAUUCACAAGAGACUAAGCUGCCGAGCUACUGGAAAACAUCCUUCUCCAAGAUCUGCCUCGGUAUGAAGUUCGGCCACAAGAUAAGAUUCGUUACCAUCCACGGGCACGCCAACUCGCUGUACUCGCUGAUCGCUGACGGCCGAUACCGCGCCACCUCACUGGGUCGUAGAACGUGGAAGUCGCUGAUUGGUCCACAGGCCUCCUUACAAUACUAUUGUAACAAGGAAGGGUUUAAUGCUAUCUGCAGGAAAACACAUCAUUCUAAAGCAAGAAUUGGUAUCACCAGUAAUAAUGAGCGCGAUUGUGUCUCGUGUGACUCCAGAAUCGGAUUUGGUACAGGAGGAACUCCUGACGACACAAACACGUGUGGAAAUGAGGCUACAUGGUCACCAGACAACGGACACAAGCGGAUCAAGACCAUGGGCUACAUCUUGGUUCAGUAGUAAAGAACCGGAACUGUUCCAUGAGAAUUAAAAUUUUAGUUGUUUAGUUGCUUUUAAGCUUUCUCAGCUCGGAAGAAAGAAAAUCCAUAACGGGACAUUAAAUGCCAGUAACAUGUCGGUUAAUUUACGAUGUAAAGGUAGCCUUAUUUUACGAAUAAAAUGGGG